AUGUCGGCCACAUCGCCGUGGCUGUCUACGUCGUCGUCGGGAGAUGAUAGCGCGAAUGCUAUCUCGAAUAACGAACUGGAUCCCUGGGCUGCCAUCGAGACUGGCUACCUUUGCCCUUCGGCUUCGAUGGAACAGCAGCAGCAGUUGCGCAGUCGCAAGUCGUCUCCAGCCUUGGACUCGAGCAGGUCGGCAAGAAGCAAUGCUCAGCCUGUCGACCGACAUCCCUUGCGCUCGCCUUCUCCUGCCCAAGCCGCUUGCAAUUUUGCUCCUCGCGACCCUGGCAAGAGAGGUCCAUCAGCAGUCGCUUCUGAAUGGAAAGCGAUCGGCGCUGGUCUCGCUGGUCUCUUUGGCGGACCAUCGUCAUUCAAGGCUUCCUCAUUCAACGCUUCCUCAUCCAACACCACCCCGGCUGCAGGCACACUAGACCGAUUGCAGGAUUGGUUCGGCUUGAAAGAUGAGCAGCAGCAGCAGCAACGGUCUUCUUCCAGUCGCAAUGCCGAGGGUGAGCAAGGGGUGCGCGUCCUCAUCCAUCCAGUCACCCCUACAGAUACGCUAUCUUCGCUGGCGUUGCACUACGGUGCAGACAUCCAAGUGCUUCGCAAGUCGAACAAGCUUUGGCCCGGAGAUCCUGUGCAGAUGCGCAAACUAAUCUACAUCCCCGUCGAGAGCUGCAAGCACCCUCCACGGAAUGCCGAGAUCAAGGUAAUGCCCACCAGAGGAGGCGCUGUCUCAUCCGCCGAGAGCCUUGCGUCUCUACGUGGCAAUGAUCCGGCUAGCAACUUUAUGCCAGAUACCAACAAAGCUUAUACUGAUUGCACGCCUCAACUCUCACGCUUUGUGCCUCGGGGUCAAGCUGUUCAUGUUGGCAAGGUUGCAGCGGAUCAACUGCGAUUCUUUGGCAGCAAGGAUUGCAACUCUCCGCCGCAGCUCGGAGGGAAUGUGUCGAGCAGCAAUGCCUCACGUUUCCAUCAUGACGACGACGAUCAGUGGAAGGCCAAUACCUGGCAUUUCGGUGGUGCUUCAACAAAGUCUAGAUCGCAGCAUCGCCACAACCAUAGCAACAACCUAAGCGUCCAUGCUUUGGACCGUGAUGAAAGCGCGCAUCACCGCUCUUUGCGAUGGAACGAGGCACCGCCACCGCACGCCAUCAUAGCAGAAGCGUAUGAUGGCGGCAAAGCACAUCAAAGACGUCGAGCGCAGAAAUCUCAUCCCUUGUUGUACGAUCUGGCUGCAGGUUUACCGGCUAAUACGGGUGCGGCCAGCAAGUGGGCUAGGCCGAUUCAGUUUGGCGAUUCACUGCCGGACGGUGGAUGUGGUGCAAGUAUUCCGCCUAGGCGUGGUGCCAAAGCAGGAGGCAUUGCAAAGCUCAUCGACGACACCAUUCGCGGUAGGAUCAGCGUCGAAGCAGCCCUCCAAGGUGCUUUCCAAGGCGUUACACCCAACACCCUGCAACCCUCACAGCAAAGGCAGCAACAACAGCACACAAUCCCUACAGAUACCCUUGGCAACGCCAAACAAGAUUGA